AUGCAUCAACGGGCCAUCAACGCGGGGAGCAUCCUAUCAGACGCCAGUUCCCAAGCGCGCGAUUUAAAAUCCUGCAGCAUCGGCCCGCAGUCUAGUUAUGAAGAACCAACACCAACAGCAAAUACAUCCAAGCUGUUGGAAUGUACCUUGGACACGAGACCGGAUGAGAGGAGAAAAGGUGCGAUCCGGCUGGUUCGAUUUUUCCCGCGGGCUGCGUACGUAAAAGAGCUGGGCAAGAGUUGGAAUCCACCAAUAAGAAUUCGACUCUUCAGCACCUUUUCACAAAGCCUGCUAGUGAAGGAAACAUCAGUCAUCCUAGCCCUACAACCUCGUCAACGCACUCACUCCAUCAGCUUUGGUGCAACCAGAGCGGGACGUCAGAACAAAAUAUCCUUUGAAACUGGGCCCGACAAAACACACACCAGACGAUAUCCUCAAACUCAAUUCAUCCAUCGACAACCGCAUGCAAUUGCUGCUCAUCUGGUUAAAGUCGACCAUCAUUCUUCCCCUCAAUUCUUCUCUUGCAUGAGAGCUUGA